UGCAAAUUGUGAUUGGUGGGAUCUGUGGAUUUAUCGAUGUUAAAAUAGCCAAUCCGAUUUCGUGAUGCGCAAACAAGUUGACUCAACGUGGGCGCCAUUGCAACAUGCAACCGUUCCUCGACGUCAUCGGACACCUGGAAGGCCGCGACAAGCUCACUAAGCUCUGCCAGUACUCGAGCCGUGGCCUUGCCUUUUCGAUCCUCUCCGCCGACCCAAAGAGCGUCUUGGGACAGCGGCUGUCUGCUCUGUACAGGGCGACCCAAGCUGCCCGAAAGUGCUUUCGCCUAGGCAAGUCAAUCGCGUACAUUCCAAAGAUCGAUCACACUCUCAACAACAAGGCGCUGACUCCAAGGUCGCAAGUUCUGUCCCUCGUGCAAGACGUGGGAAUGUGCUGCUUCUUUUUGUUCGACAACAUGCAGUUCUUUGCCAAUGCCAAGGUGUUCCCAUUCAACGCCGAGCAAGCGGGAAAACACGGCGGGUACCUGUGGUUCUGCGCCAACGUCGCGGGUUUCAUCUUGGCCUACGAAGCGCUGCAAAAGGUGUCGAAUUCUACCGUAUCGUCAUCAUGCGUGUCAUCACAAUGUUGUCGAUCACGUUCAGGAAGCAGAAAAGGAAGCGGCGCUGAUCCAAGACAACCCUUCGACCAGCCCUGAAACCCUGCAACAGAUCGCGGUCUUGCGCGAAGUUCGCUUCAAGAAAGCUCUUGCAUUGCUCAAGGUGACAUGCGACCUAAUCGUAUCUGCCAACACAGCCGGCGUUCGAUUACCGGAGCGCUUGCUGGGGAAGAAGCUGAACGACGGUGUCGUCGGCGCUCUUGGGUGCAUCUCUGCUUCUGUCUUCCUCUAUUCUCUCUGGCGCACUCAGUCGCUCCAACGAGGACCAACCAGAGAAAAGUCCUAAAUAGGAAAACCUCUUCAAUCUUAUAUUCGUUCUCCACCGU